UCGCAAGGAGCAAAGGAUAUUCGAAGAGUUGGUAGGAAGAGCAGGAAGGCGAGCGGAGAUGCAUUGACGUGGUCCAAUAUUCCAAAUGCCAUGUGCUCCAAAUAUUUCACAGUAAUCGCAGGCUAUUCAUUACCCACUCUGUUCAUCGUUUAUACAUACAUACAAACAUAUAUACAUAAAUAUAUACACGUGUUCAAUAUGGGCCAUCCUGUCUUAAAAAGCAACGGAGAUCGGACAGAGCGCAACAUGCAAAUCAAAAGACAGAAGCGCAAUCGUGAAAUGCUGACGUCGGCUUUAUUUGGGGGUCCCGCAUGCCGCACAAGCCCUGGGGUGCGCCUCGUUCGGCUGUCCGCGUUGGCAAUUUCACUUGUGGGUUCGUUCGUAAGGACGCAGACAACCGAAGCGAACAUGUCCUGGGUGAGUGUGGCUGGGGCUGGCGGCUGCCCUCACCUCACCUCUCUGUUACCCGCUUUUGAAAACCCUCAGAUUCCAGUAUUUUUCAAGAAAAAAAAUUGCUUUGGCCACCUGAGCCAAGGCAUUUUGCAAUGAGUGGGCACGCCCUGGCAAAGCUGUCAUCAGCGCAACAGCGGAAAGUGAUCCACAACGACCCGGCUUCCUGGCACCUUUGGACAAGUACUGCAUGAGAUGAUGCCACAGCUUCGUAAUUUGUCGUCCUUUUGGGAUUUGCGUGGUGCACGUACCUAUAUUUGUCGACAGCGGGGGGACACAAGUCAUGCACGAUCUCCAGAGUCCGAACUCCGUCUGUGUUUGUGGUAUGUAAGAGUACGGUACGAUGCGCAACUGUGC